GGAGAAUGGAGGUACAUACGGUCGUGGCCUUACGAGUCCCCAGACUUUGGAGCUCUCUCCGCAUCCUCAUAUGUCAAGUGUUCCUUCCAUGGUGACACACCCAGACUAUCCUGGGUUACACAAUACACAUGAGUUCCGCAUCUAGGCCUGAGGAUACAAGGGACCCGGGGGGGCAAAUUCACCCAGCCACCCCGCCCAACUCACCAGAGACCAAGAUCAAGAAAUACGAGCAGAAGGGAUUUGACCCGAUGGAUUCACUGAUCUCAUCCAGGAGUGAGCCGCAAGAAGGCCCGUCAGAUACUGCAAUAUUGUUGAACGAGGAAAAAAUACUAUUACAGUCCCCGGUGCCAAUAGAAGAGGAACCGUCUAACGUCAGCAUUCAAAUAGAUGAAUAUGCCACCGUUACCGACGUUAGAAACAAACACCCAGAACUGGACAUCUUCAUCGUUCGCCGCGAGCUUGAACGUAAGAAUCCAGGACUUAUUCGAUCCUGGUUGAUAAAUUCUCCGCGGAACAAGAGGCUAAGCUACUUUGUGUCGAAUAGGGACAUUGUAUUUGUGGUUGACAACGCGCCGACCAUGCGACCAUGGUGGGCUCUCGUAUCUUUUGUAGUGGAGACUAUGGCGAUGAAUCUCACUGGCCUGGAUAAAGAUGGCUUGGAUCUUCUUUUCACUGGAACGGACAAAUUUAGACUCAAGGGCAAGAAGGCAGACGCACCAAGCAAAUUCCUAAAGAAUAUUCGCGAAGCCACCCCAAAUGAUCGCUCUAUGAACACGGACAUGGCCGCAUCGCUCGGCACUAUCUUUGACGAGUAUAUCAGAACACCCCAAGAAAAGGGUAUGACGCUUCUUGUGUUCACUGACGGCUUGUGGACCGGAGGUGCCGAAGAUGAUGCCGUCGAGAAAGCCUUGGUGAAGUUUAUCACACGCACAAAGGAUUACAAGAUGGAUCGUCAAAUGAAGCGCCGCUUCAGUAUAGAGUUCAUAUACUUUGGACACGACCAAAAAGCGAUAGAUCGCCUGCGGGCCCUGGACGAUGAGAUCAAGACAAAACACGAACUCCCCGAUAUCGUCGACCACGAACCCUGGACCGGAGAUGUCGAUAAAAUGAUCACCGGUAGCUUCCUUGAAUCGAAAGAUGUUCAGAAACCCGAUGCCGGACUUUCGCCUCCCGGACUUUCGAGAGUGGACAGUAACACCCCUUCAAUGAAUUCCCUCUCCUCUCCGACACAGCCCAGCAAGCGAUCUUCCUUUUUCGGAAAUAGGAAGGGUAAAAGUGCUGAAACGAGGUGAAGUCUCACCACCCAUAGGCAAACACAUUUUGGCGUAGCGUUUUAUUAGAAUAUGGAUCCUGGUUGAUACCCGCAUGUCUGCAUACUAGAAAGACUGCACUAAGGAGUUCGGAUCUGAUUGUGGAUCUUGCUUUCGAUGCGUGAAAAAAUGUUGGCCUGAGUGACUUUAGUCUCGAAAGUGGGGUGUAGUUGAGGUGGUCAUAUUGCUGUGUGUAUGUAUUGUCUUUCUACGCAGUUGUAGUGGUUUUCUGUGAUAUAAUAAUAGUAUUUAAUGUGUAGAUCAGUGAAUGAAAGAAUGUACCUAUGUGUGUCAUAGU